AGAUUAAGCGGCACCGGAGAGAAGUCAACGUUCGUAGUUUAUGGUGCGAAAAAGACGUUGAAAAAAUAUCUUCGUGUAGAGAACCUGUUUUACCAGUACAAAGAAAGUCGCACAUGUUUGAAUAUGUAAGGGAAAACAUUACAACAUUGGUACUAUAACCCGAAAAGUGCGGAUGGUUUUAGAGAAGAAGUGGAGAUGCUGCCGGCACGCUAGCAUGCUGUAGUUGAGUUAAUGCUAAAGCUAGCUUCGUCUGGGAAAACGUGAGCAACAUUUCAUUUUCGAGCAUUUUUUUUAAAGACGGGUUUUUAGUCACAUAUUUUUAAAAAUGAAGUGUCACUACGAAAUGCUGGGCGUGAAACGAGACGCAGGAGACGACGAAUUAAAGAAAUCGUAUCGUAGAUUGGCAUUGAAAUGGCAUCCAGAUAAAAACUUGGACAAUGCAGAGGAAGCGGCUGAGCAUUUCAAGCUGAUUCAGGCAGCAUAUGAGGUCCUGAGUGAUCCACAGGAGAGGGCUUGGUAUGACAAUCACAGGGAAGCUCUGCUUAAAGGAGGACUGAGUGGGGACUAUGAAGAUGACAGCAUUGACCUCCUACAGUACUUUACUGUCACUUGUUACUCGGGCUAUGGCAAUGAUGAGAAGGGUUUUUACACUGUCUACAGAAGUCUGUUUGAGUCCAUUGCUAAGGAGGAAAUGGAGAGCGGCAAAGUGGAAGAUGAGGAAGACGAGGAGUUUCCUUCUUUUGGAGAGUCUGAGAGUGACUAUGACACUGUAGUGCACGUGUUUUAUGGCUACUGGCAGAGCUUCUGCACACGUAAAAACUUUGCCUGGAAGGAGGAGUACGAUACGAGACAGGCCUCCAACCGCUGGGAGAAAAGAGCCAUGGAAAAAGACAACAAGAAGACCAGAGAGAAGGCUCGCAAGGAGCGCAAUGAACUGGUGCGGCAACUUGUCGCGUUUGUCCGCAAGCGCGACCGACGUGUGCAGAACCACAGGAAGCUGGUGGAGGAGCAGAACGCUGAGAAGGUCAAGAAGAUGGAGGAGCUGAGGCGGAAGCAGAAGCUGAGCCAGGCCAAACUGGCAGAGGAGUAUAAGGAGCAGAGUUGGGCCGCCAUGUCUGAACUGGAGAAGGAGCUGCAGCAGAUGGAGGCUCAGUACGGAGAGGAAUUUGGAGAUGCAUCAGAAAGUGAAGAAGAAGAACAGGACAUAGAGACACAAGAGAAGAACAGUGAAGAGGGAGGAGAUGCAGACCAGCCUGAUGGAGACGACUUGACAAUCGAUUAUUAUGACGACCUGUACUGUCCAGCCUGUGAUAAAUCUUUCAAAUCAGAUAAAGCAAUGAAAAAUCAUGAAAAGUCUAAAAAGCAUCGGGAGAUGGUGGCGUUACUACGGCAACAGCUGGAGGAGGAGGAGGAUUCGCUUGGUUUGAACUGUGACAAGGAGGAAGGAAAAGAGGAAAAUGGGCAAGAAGAAGGGGAGGAGGAAGAGGAGGAAGAAGAAGAGGAGGAAAAGCCAAGACAAAAGCUGUCCAAAAAACAGAAGAGGAAGAAGAAACAGAAGGAAGUAGAUCAUGUGAGUGAGACAUCUUCUAUCGUGAAAGAGUCCACUUGGUGUCAGCAAAGAGACACUUGCUUAAAAACCUUCUCUUCUCUGCACAGCAGAGUGCUCCAAAGGAAGAGGAGAAGGAGGAGAAACCAACACUCAGCAACUGUGAGGAAGAUGUUCCCGACACGCCUGCGCCUGACGCCACAGAAGCAGAGAAGCAGGACGAUCUCCCUUCCACGGAAGUCAAGAGCUCUGGGAAGACGAAGGGAAAGAAGGGAGGAGGAAAAGACAAACCAAAGAACGUCAAGUCAAACACAGGAGAAGAGCCCCAGAAUGAAGUAAACCUGCGCUGUGUGACCUGUAACUACGAGUUCCCCACAAGGAAUAAGCUGUUUGACCACCUGAAGGCCAGUGGCCAUGCCAGCGCUGUCUCUGCAAGCAGCUCUGUGAGCAGGAGCAAAAAGGACAAGAAGAAA